CUCCAUCUGCAGGUAGGGGGCACUUUAAAACACCUCACACUCGUUCUCGCUACUGGGUGCAAAUAAGGACUGUCUUUUCAACAUAGAUUAAAUUCUUGUGAAGAAUGGGAGUACAGUGUGUAUAUAAUAAAGCGAUCCAAUGUCAACACGUUUGAAGUGUUUGCGUACCUUAACAGUAAGUUCUCUGGUGUACCUGAUAUUUAUUACUUACAGUUUCAACUGUUAGAUUUGGAGCCGCCCUACGACAGCCAGUGCUUCGAUCACGUGACUGUAGCAGGCGGAGACACGCCGGGUACACGGUAUUGUGGAACGUUUUCGGACUUCCCUGCGGAAAACUUGUUUUUCUCCGCUGUGGAUGGUUAUUUAGAGAUUCGGUUCUUGUCAGACAUGAAGAUUUCUGGGAAAGGCUUCAAUGCAGCGUUCUACACCUUGGAUCCCGCAGAAUGUAACCGGACUGUUACAAGUCUAAUAGGAACUGUGUCCAGUUUAUCCUACCCAGGAAAAUAUUACCCAUCUGUGGACUGUGUCACCCGCAUACAAGUUCCAGAUAGCUAUACUGUUAGGGUUGUUCUGCACGACAUGGACGUCCCCAGCACUGGCGGCUGUAAGCAAGACUACGUACAAAUCAGCACAGGAAGUGGUGCCGACAGCGUUAAUCUGGCGUCGGAAUGGCGACGAUGUGGCUCAGACAAAGAUUACAGCUCCACUGAGUUGAUCUUCGAUUCUAGUGGAUCAUCCGUGGAUGUACAUUUUCACUCGGAUCACGUGACGGAGGGAAAGGGGUUUAGAGCGUCGUACCGUGCCAUCGAGUCCUGCGGUAACGAGACCGAGACUACCACCCACGGAACAUUUGCCAGUCAAAAUUAUCCACAAAAUUAUUCGAACAGCCAGGACUGUACCAGCGUGAUUCAGUUUAAUACGAGCGCGUACCGCGUCGAGUUGAAAUUCCAGACGCUUCACACAGAGUCCUCCGGGGACGCGGCUAGCGUUGACGAGGAGUGUACACUGGACUACGUGGAGAUCGAUAACGGCGAUCGCGUACAGCGGCGCUGCGGAAAUUGGCAAGGGAGAGAAGGCGAAUUGCACUUCCGGUCUCAAGGCAGCACGUUGGUGAUGAGAUUUGUCUCUAACGACAGGAUCACAGCCCCAGGCUUCCGGGUGACGUGGAAUGCUAUACUAAGCGACACUUCCGGUGCUAUAUGUCCCCAGGGAUGGGAAGACUUGGAGAAUUUCUGUUUCCAGAUUAAUCAGGACUUGAGCAGCUGGUUUGAGGGAAAGCUCGCCUGCCAAGACCGAGGGGCGGAGCUUGUUUCUGUGAGAGAUGAGGAAAUUCAUGUCUUUAUUCAAGCUGAAAUAAAAUCAAGGUAA